CCGGCGGCCGCCGCAGACCCCAGCAGGAGCUUCCCGGCGGGCGAGGGGAAGAGGGGAAGUAGCCAGCCAUGUCGAACGCGAUGUAUAAUAAGAUGUGGCACCAGACCCAGGAUGCCCUCAGUUCCUUGCUUCACAAGGAGUCUCAGAAGACGGCGGAGCCGCAGAGCAACCCGGUGCUGAUCUUCCAGAUGUUAGCCACCUUCUACAUCAAGUACGUGCAGAUCUUCGGGAACCUGGAGAACAUCUACGACCAGGUCGUCCACCCGCAGAAGCGCAUUCUGAUCCGCAGGGUGCUGGACGGCGUGAUGGGCCGCGUCCUGGAGCUCAAGAACGAGAUGGUGGAGUUGGAGCUCACCGAGUUCCACUAUUUUGACGACAUCUUGCAGGAUCUGAAGUUGGCACCCCAACAACUAGAUAUUCCCAUCCCCAAGUACUUUCUGAAGGAGAAGUUGGAGGUGAUAAAAGGAAGAGAGAAAAUCCUUGCUCAGAUAUUAGCCAGCUGUGGCCUGGACGCCGCCGACGUGAGGUACGUCGCAAAGGUCAUCCCCAUGGAGGAGGCCGUCAAGUUCAUCCAGAUCGCCGAGCGGGCACGGCAGGGCCGCCUCCGAGCGCUGUUCAUGAAGGAGAUCUACCUGCAGGAAUGCCGGGCCAGGCAGGCCAAGCUGCUCAGCGAGAAGGCCGUGGACGUAGGCGCCGCCGCCCUGUGCAUUCAGAAGGUGUGGCGAGGCUUCUGUCAGUGCAGGAAAACCAAGCGAGACAGAGAGGAGGAGAUGAUCUUCCUGGGCAUGAGCCCCCCUCCCCUCUUCCAUGAAGUCAGCGCCACGGUCGCCCAGGCCGAGAAGGUGAACCGUCUGCGCAGCGAGGUGCAGAGGCAGCACGAGGAGGAAUACCGGGAGGCCGUGGUCACCAUCAAGGACGACCUGAAGGCCAUCGAAGGCCCCGACAUCAAGGAGAGCCUGCAGGACCAGAUCCGGCACUGGUUCAUCGAGUGCAGGAACCUGACCGGCACGUUUCCCGACUACCCCACCGAAGAAGAGGGAGGCUCUGCCGUCAUCUUCUCCAACAAGACCCCACAGCAGGUUAUUGAUGAUAUCAUUGCAAGCCAAGAAGAAGAAGAAAAAAACAAAAAGAAGAAAAAAGAAAAAGAAAAGGAAAAGGAAAAGAAACCCAAGAAAGCAAAAAAGGAGACGGAAAAGAAGGCAGCAAAGGACAAAGUAAAGGAGGAAGAGGAGGAGUGGAAAAUGUCCCCCAGUGUUUUCCUUCAUACCUUGGAGGAAGAAAAUAACUCCUACAGAGACAUGUGGAUGAACAGAGACGAGUCUUGCAACUUCCCUCAGGACUACGACCCAGAACUGCUCAAAGAGGAGAAGCGGAAGGAGCUGGAGUCGGAGAUCCGAGUGCAGGUUGAUGAGUUGAUGAGACAGGAACUAAAGAACCUGCAGCUCGCUGUGAACAGAGAGAAGGAACUGCCAGUCAAAGCGGGGAAGAAGAAAGGGGAAAAGAAAGAGAAGAGAGGCAGACGGGGGAAGCGGGAGAAGAUGGAGAAAGACCUGACGGCCGACAGGACCAUCGAGUCUCUGUACAAGGAGCUGGUGGAAGAAGGACUGCUGAUCCCAGCUCAGAAAGUCAACCUCUCUGAUUACGUUGGCGAGUACAGCUACCUGGGGACCACCCUCCGCCACGUGUCCAUAGAACCCAUGCCGUCCCCCAUGGACGUGAGACAGCUCAUCACGCUGUACGGGAUCCUGCCGUUAGGCUCGGCCUCAGUGCAUGAGAAAGCUCCCCUGGUCAAGUCGCUGCUGCUGGCCGGGCCGUCCGGGGUAGGCAAGAAAAUGCUGGUCCACGCCAUCUGCACGGAAACGGGAGCCAACCUCUUCAACCUGUCGCCGUCCAACAUUGCCGGGAAGUACCCCGGCAAGAACGGCCUGCACAUGAUGCUGCACGUGGUCAUCAAGGUGGCUCGGCAGCUCCAGCCCUCCGUGGUGUGGAUCCAAGACACCGAGAAAACCUUCUACAAAAAAGUGCCCAGCACGGAGAAGCAGAGUGAACCCAAACGCCUGAAAAAACAGCUUCCAAAAAUCCUGAAGCUCCUGAAACCAGACGACCGGAUCCUGAUUGUGGGGACAACACAGCGUCCUUUCGAUGCUGAGCUUCAGUCUUUCUGCAGAGUUUACCAGAAGAUCAUUCUGGUUCCCAGGCCGGACUAUGCUUCCAGAUACGUUCUGUGGAAGCAAGUGAUCCAGCGCCUUGGAGGGGUCCUUACCAGUGCCUUGAACGUCAGCUGCCUGGCCAAGGUCACCGACGGCUUCACCCAGGGACACGUGGUGCAGGUGGUUCAACGCGUGCUCUCGGAGCAGAGGAUCCGGCAGCAGGGCCGCCGGCCGCUCACCGCGGGCGAGUUCAUCGCGGCGAUAACCAGCAUGAACCCCGUGUACAAAGAGGAAGAGGAGAGCUUUAAGGACUGGUAUGCCAGGACCCCUCUAGGAAAGAGGCGAGCCCUGGCAUUAACGGGAGGCACAGAAAAGGAAAAGGAAAAAGAAAAAGAAAAGGAGAAAGGGAAAAAGGAGAAAAAGGAGAAAAAGAAAAAGUAGCGCCUGUCUGAGAAGCAGCCCUCGAGCCUCUCGGACACGGAGAGGGCCCCAGCCGUCCCGGGAGAAGAUCCCACCCCUGCCCGUCCGAAGAUGGCCCCGGGACUGCGCAGUGACCACAGGGGCCCGCGCUCUCCAGCCACGGUGCUCGGCUCUGCCUGGAGUAGGCUGGCCCCCGCGUUAGGGCUGCAGGACGCUGUCUUCUGUGACAACGGCCGUGGCCCCUCAGUGAACGGACAGUUCGCAUGGGAGCGAAUUCUCCCUUCCCGAGCUCCACAGCCUUUCCGACCGGUCUCUGUACCUUCCCCGAUCUGCUGUCCGAUUUCCAGCGUGGUAGUCAGGGAGCCUUCCAGUGUGGCCACCGGGAAGCCACGAGGACGGCACCCGUGCACCCGCUCUUCACUCGUGGACGGGCGCUGUGUACCACC